CGUCCGCGAUCCCCCGUCCUUGCCAUCCCUCUCCAUCGGUGCUCGCCGAGCUCCGAAGAACGCCCCCAAACCCUAUUCCGCGAGUCCUCGUAGCCCCCGUUCCCGCCGCUCAUUCAUUCCUUCCAGGGAUUCUUGCGCCGUUGCCGAGAGCGAUCGAUCGCCGGGAAUGGCGACCAACGUCCCCUCGGUCUAUAUCCAUGUUGUGGACGAUGUCAUCAACAAGGUCCGAGAGGAGUUCAUCAACUACGGCGUCGGGGAGGGCGUGCUUAACGAGCUCCAGGCGUUAUGGGAGAUGAAGAUGAAGCAGUGUGGCGCCAUCGGUGAUAGCAUUGAGAGGUCGUCCCUCCCGAAGAUUGCAGCCCCGACUCCGGUGCGCGAUCUGAAUGUUCCGUACGAGGGUCCGACCGAGGAGUAUGAGACCCCUACCGCGGAGAUGCUUUUUCCUCCGACUCCCUUGCAAACCCCAAUCCAGACUCCUCUGCCUGGAACUACUGAUCCGUCGAUGUACAACAUACCCACAGGACCCUCCGAUUAUGCGCCAUCUCCAAUUUCUGACAUCCGAAAUAACAUAGAUUUGAAAGCCGGAAGGCCUAGUCCGUAUAUGCAACCACCUUCUCCUUGGAUGAACCAAAGACCUCUUGGAGUUGAUGUUAAUGUCGCUUAUGUUGAUGGGCGUGAAGAGGCUGGUAGAGGAUCUUCUCAUCAACCCACGACUCAGGACUUUUUCAUGAAUCCUGCUGGGAAACGUAAAAGGGAUGACUAUAAUUCUCACUUUAGUUCUGGAGGUUAUAUACCACAACAAGAUGGAAGUGGAGAUGUGAUGAUGGAAUUUUCUCUAACACAGAAUGUUUUAAGCCAAUUCCAGAAGUCAUCAAUUAUGGAUGGCCAAGGAACUGCAACUUCGAAGUUCCUUUCCAAUAAAGAUGCAAAACCAGCUAAAUUGAUUCCUCAGGUUGAUGGGACACAUGAUGACUAUGAUGAUAUGUUUCAUCUCCAGGAAGUUCCCAGCGAAGACUACAAUACUCCUGGAGAGCAUGUUGAAGUACGAGGUGUUACUCCUGUUGGUACACCAAAACCUAGUACAGAUGAUGACGAGCCUUCUCUUAAUGAAGAUGAUGAUGAGUUGGAUGACCUUGACCAAGAGGAGGUGGAGACAAAUACUCAACAUUUGGUUCUAGCUCUAUUUGACAAGGUGACCCGGACGAAGAGCAGAUGGAAGUGCAACCUCAAGGAUGGAAUAAUGCAUCUCAACAACAGGGAUUUUCUUUUUAAUAAGGCGACUGGAGAGUUUGAAUUUUGAUUUUGACAAAAGUAGCAGCUGUUUUUGUUCAUGAGCGUGGUCAAAUGGGAGCACGCAGCUGUUAGUCCUGGAUGCUGUGUGCUUUCGGUAUGCCUUUCUUUUUUUGCUUGCUUUUCUGUUUACAUAGGAGACAUGUUAAAUAAAAUAUACAACCAUCGAAUGGAUCAUUAUAUUUAGCUGCUGUUAAUUUGUUUUGUAAAGAUGUUAAAUCAAUUGAACCUUGUAAAUUUGUUUUCUUCCCCCCCAA